GGCACCUAGGCUGCUCCUGCAAAGAAGGCCGCUUGCUUGCUCCAGGCCCGGCGGUGGCGGGGUGGCCCUUCCUCCUCGGGUCCUGCCCCACGCUCCUCAAGCGGCGCAGCAGAGAUGCGGCGGGGCCGGCGGUCGCGGGUGUCCCGAGUGGGAGGGCCUCUGGCUUUGGCGGCGGCGGCCCUGCUGGUGGCAGCGACGAGGUGCUGGGCUGGCAACGGGGCCUGCCGGACUUGGAGCUCGGCGAGGCCGGCGGAGUCACGUUCCCCUUACAGCAGCCUCCCGAGCUCGCCCGGCAGCUCCUCCGCAGGCCCGUGUACAAACAGGCCUCCGCUGGGCAGGGAAGCGGAGCUGGGUGAGCUGGGCCGGCCCAUGCGCCUGGAGCUGAGCGCCGCUGCGCAGCAGCACCAGGAGGAGAGCAUCCGGAGCCACCAGAGCUCCAGGAAGAGAACCACCAUGGCUGCUGAGAACCUCAGGAAGAGGCUUCAGGAGGAAGUGACUUGCUGCAUUUGCCUCGACUUCUUCACGGAUCCUGUGACUUUAGAGUGUGAGCACAGCUUCUGCUCCGCCUGCAUUGCCCAGUGUUGGGGGGAAUCUUCUGCCAACACCCUCUGCCCUCUGUGUAAAAGGGCCACCCGGGCAACGAAGUCCAAGCCAAAUAAGCAGCUGGGCAACUUUGCCGAGAUAGCCAAGCAGCUGAAAGAUCAGGAGAAGGAGGAGGCUGAAGGGAGGAGGUUCUGCGGGAGACACGGGGAGCCCCUCAAACUCUUCUGCAAGGACGACCAAGUCCCCAUCUGUGUGGUGUGUGACUGGUCCAGGGAGCACAAAGGACACAGCGUGGUUCCCAAGGAGGAGGCUGCCCAAGAAUACAGGGAUCACAUCUGCAGCUUGCUGGAAGUGAUGAGGAAGCAGAGAGAAGAGAUUCUGGUGCAUAUAUUGAAUACAGAAAAGGAAAGCCAAGACCUGCUUAAUCGGAUAGAAUCCGAGCGGGAGAAAAUGACGGCGGGGGUCAAGCAGCUGUACCACAUUAUCAAAAAGCAACUGGGCUUCAUUGUGGCACAGAUGGAAUGGGCCAAGAAGGAGAUUAUGACAAAGAGGGACGAGCAAAUGGCCAAACUCUCCCAGGACCUCUCCUCCCUGGGCAGCAGCAUCCAAGAGAUGGAGCAGACAUCUCAGCUGCCUGUGAGUGACUUCCUGCAGGAUGUUGCAGGCACCUUGCAAAGGAGCAAGGAGGUCAGGUUAAAAAAUGUAGGCACUUUCCCUCCAAAACUAAAAUGGAAAACUUGGGAAUUUUGGGACAUCACUGCCAUUUUGCAGAAGUUCACAGAGAAAUUCAAAGGCAAUCUCAUAUCUGGAUAUUCACUGCGUAAAGCGAAAGUGUCUCUGAACCCAGCCACGGCUCAUCCUCGGCUCAUCGUAUCCGAGGACCUGAGAAGUUUGGCACUGGCAGAAAGGCCGCAGGCCCUUCCUCUCGGCGCUGGCCGAUUUGAGCGCUGGCCAUGUGCUCAGUGCCGGGAAUCCUUCAGCUCUGGCAGAAGCUACUGGGAAGUCGAAGUGAGGAAUGAGGGCGCCUGGGCUCUGGGCAUCUCGAAACCGCUUGUGGGGGUCAGGAAAGACGCCCACCCUUCCCCGGAAGCCGGCGUCUGGGCUAUUGGGAGGUGGGAGGGUCGCUACAGGGCCAUUGUACCUCCACAUUACCCUUUCCUGCAUCCGACUACGGAGCCCCAAAGAAUACGAGUGGCCCUGAAUCUGGAUGCUCAACAGGUGGCUUUUUUUGACGCUGAAGCGGCAAGCCUGCUCCACACUUUCUCCUUAGCCGAUUCCUCGUCCGACACCUUCUGCCCCUUCUUUUGGAUAUGGAAAAAAUCCCACCUCCAACUCUGUGCAUGAGAAAGGGCUGCAGCCUCUGUUGUUGAUCUAUUUUCUGCUCCUUCCCUCCAGCUUCUCUCAAUGCAAACUAACAACAAACCUCCAAACCAAAAGGUUGGCUAUUCUCCCGCUCUCUAAGCUUCUCUUUACCAUUUUCACAAAACAGAAGCCGCCUCUCUUUCAAAUCAGUGUGAAUGCUUUGAUUUUAUUACAAAUCAGUGUAAUGUUUGAUUUUAUCUUACAGAAUGAGCAGCCUUGGGGGUUUCUUUAGAACCAUGAAAGUUAUAUACAUACAUAUAUAUAUAUAUAAUAUAUAUAUAAUAUAUAUAAUAUUUCUUAACACACAAAUAAAACGAA